UCUAUCAUCAAAGAUGGCGGGAGCCUCCGACCCACUGGAGGACAUGCUCUUCAAUGAGGUAGACGAAAAAGCUGUAAGCGACUUAGUAGGCUCUUUGGAAUCGCAACUUGUCAGCCAAAAGACUUCGCCCGCCACAUAUUCUAAUAUCAAGCGAGAAGGAUCUACGGGCGCUGUUAGCCAGUUCUCAGGGAAACUGCGUGAUCAAGCGGGGUCUCUGGAGCCGCCACAACAAGGACACCCAAAAGCGGCGUUAAACGCGGAACCCAUCGCGAAUCAGGCGAUGUCCAAUAAGAUUAUCAGCGCUUCCACUUCUUCCAUCACUACUGGGGGUGUUUUAAACGCUGGUACUAAUCUACAAACAUAUGGAGCCGCAUCUCAAACCAUUUCCACCGCACCACCAGGAUCGGUAACUUUGCCUGCUCAGUCGACUAGCUUCAACAGAGGGACUAUUUUGGGUCCUGCUGGCACAUCAGCGGUGACUGUUUCCAAUCCAAACAUCACAACAACAACAACAACAACUAUCAGGACUGCUUCACCUGGUUUACAGAGUUUUAACGGUAACACUGGAGCUCUGAAGUUGGUCAACUCGCCAGCAGCUUCCCAAGUCGGGUCAGGCAGCAGCACUGUUGUAAGUACUGUCAGUGCGGGCAAUUCCAAUAUCAUUGUGUCCAUGACUUCACAACCUCCUUCUCUGCCAAACUUUACUGGACCUCAACAGUCUGCAGUGGCUACUACUCCCACUAUUGCACUGCAAAGACAGCCCAGCCCCAUGGCCAUUGCCUCACAGAAUGGGGUAAUAGACCCCAAGGUUUCUGCAGUGGUCACACAGGGUGCAGGUUCCCUAGGGGUCACCACCUCUCAGGUCAUGAACCACAGCAACACUCUCAUGCACACUAAAAUGGUGGCACCCAACCAGCCAGUCUCUGCUGGCCAAUCAAUAAUUCUCGGAGGGUCUCCCCCUCCUGUUGUUGUUAACUCACCAAUAAGCCAGCCACAGAGUGUGGCGAGUCCCACUCUCACAGCUGGGGUGAAACCAACUGUUAAUGGAGUUGGUCAGCCCACAGUGACCAUCGUGAGGCCCCCCGGUGCUCCUGUGAUGGCUACCCCCGUACAGCAGCAGAGACCUGGGCUGUUAGCAAGUACAACGAGGACUGCUGCACCACAGCUGGCCGUCAGACCACCACAAAAGACCACCAUUCAGUUACCCCCUGGAUUUACCAUACCACCCGGUAUGGUGCUGGUGCGUACGGACACGGGACAGCUAGUGAUGGUGACUCAGCAGGUUCUAGCCCAGGCCCAGGCUAAGACCCAACAAGGCCAGGCUGCUGUCUCCAACAUCUCCCCCCAGCCUGGAAUCCCCACCGCUGGGGCCAACAUCAGAGUUAGCACUCCCAGCCAGGCCCCUGGUACGCCCCAGGCUGUCCGUCUGGCGUCCCCUUUCCAGGCAAGAAUGGCCCAGUCCCCCUCUCCCUCUAGCCCUGCUAUACAGAAGGCCAUAACCGUGGCACCUGCGGGUGCGUCUGUGUCAGUGAAAAUGACCACCCCUCAGAAGGCCCAGUCUGUGAUCACAGGGGGCCAGGCCUUGGUCAAGCCUGGUGCUGUACGGCCCACUAUCACCCUGAACACUGCAGCAGCCAGUGCCUCUGGAAGCCCUAUUGCAACAGUCUCCCAGGAAAUGCAGGAGAAUGUGAAGAAGUGCAAGAACUUCCUGUCCACCCUGAUCAAACUGGCGUCCCACAACUCCCCCUCCCCUGACACAUCUAAGAACGUCAAGACCCUGGUGCAGGAUCUACUGGAUGCUAAAAUCGAGCCUGAGGAAUUCACCACGAGUCUGCAAGCUGAGCUGAAAUCCUCUCCACAGCCGUACCUCAUCCCCUUCCUCAAGAAAAGCCUCCCUGCCCUGCGGCUGUCCCUUCUCAACAACCAGCAGUCUCUUCUGGCCUCCACCUCCGCUUCUGCCCUGGCCGUCCCUUCCACCUCCACCAUCAGGCCCCGGCUCCCCACCACCAUCAGCCCUGCCACAGGCAUCGUCAGGUCACCUACCACUGCCCUGGGUGUGAGAAGACCAGGGGUCCAGGGGGUCCAGACCCGCAUGCCCAUGGUCAUCACUCAGAGUAUACGACCGCAAGGCGUAGUUACAAGAGGACCCUCUAUUAUCCCGGGCAGAAGUCCUGUGGGCAUUGGUGCCCAGGCCUCUGCCAAUCAGAAGAAGCUGAAUGAGCCUGGAGGUGGGACGUUCAGAGAUGACGAUGACAUCAAUGACGUGGCGUCCAUGGCGGGGGUAAACCUGAACGAGGAAAACGCCCGCAUCAUGGCCACCAACUCUGAGCUGGUGGGCACCAAGAUCCGCUCCUGUAAGGACGAGGCCUUCCUCCCGCCAGGCCUGCUGCACAGACGCAUCAUGGAGGCUGCCAAGAGAUUUGGGGUGACCGAGGUCCCAGCUGAGACAGUGAACUACAUCUCCCAUGCUACCCAGGCCAGGCUGAGAUCCAUGCUGGAGAAAGUGUCCACUAUCGCCCAGCACCGCACCGACGGGGGCAAGGAUGAGGAAUGGUAUGAGCCAUCGACAGACGUCAGGGCCCAGCUCCGCUUUUUUGAGCAGCUGGAAAGGAUGGAGAAACAGAGGAAGGACGAACAGGAGAGAGAGGUCCUACUCAAGGCUGCCAAGAGUCGCGCCAGACAGGAGGACCCAGAACAAGCUCGGUUGAAGGCGAAAGCUAAGGAGAUGCAGCAGGCGGAGCAGGCCCAGAUCCGGCAGCGUGAAGCCAACCUCACUGCCCUGGCUGCCAUCGGGCCCCGCAAGAAACGCAAGAUGGACUCGCCAGGGGGCUCCACAUCGGGCACAGAGGUUGCUUCGGGUUCAGGGGAUGGCUCUUCCACAGCUGCCUCCUCCCGCCAACAGCUCCGUCAGCGGAUCACGCGAGUCAACCUCAGGGACUUUAUCUUCUGCCUGGAGCAGGAGAGGGCCACAUCCAGGUCCUUAUUGCUUUAUAAAGCUCUCCUGAAGUAGUGAAGUCCCCCAGGGUUCAGUACUCAGUUAAUUACACAUUCUUACUGUUCUACACAGCUCUCCUGAAGUAGUGGGGGUACCACAAGGUUCAGUACUCAGCCCAUUACAAAUCCUUACGGUUCUUCACAGCUCUCCUGAAGUAUGACGUCCUACAGGGUUUAGUACUCAGCCGGCCCGUUACAAAUCCAUAAGGGUUCUCUAGUCGACCCAAUACAAAUCUUUACUGUUCUACACAACUCUCCUGAAGUAGGGCGUCCACAAUGAUUCUGUACUCGACCUGAUGCAAAUCCUUACUACUCGAUAAGGCUCUCCUAACGUAGGGGUAACACAGGGCUUUGUACUAUGCCCAUAACACAUUUGUGAUAAGUAAAGUUUCCCCUUUGCCCCCAUCUCUACACAUGCCUUCAUUCCCAUUCUGCAUUAUCAAAUAGCCCCCCCAUCUCUACACACACCCUCAUUCCCAUACCACACUAUCAUAUAUCACCCCUUGCAUCUGAAGCUAAGCAACCCCACACCACCCUAACGUUGCUCCCAGAUCAUACUGCCCCUUAGGACAGGUACACUGGCUACUCUUUCACUUGGCCACAUCCUUGUUUUUACAUCACGUCUAGUCUCAUUCGCUAGCUGUGUGCUUUACAACGCUGAGAGCCUAGAAGCUGGCAGGUGGGCACACAACAGCAUUUUUUUUAAACCAUGACUCCUAUGUACCUCGAGAUGCCUUGAGUCUCUGUCCCAAUUUGUUGCGUCGCUCUCAAACAACCUACAGUAGUAAUAUUUAUGUCGGGGUCCUUGCUAUUUAAGCCUAAUGAUUUGCCACUAAGGAUGUUACAUCACAUCAUAUUUAGACUUGGACCAACAGGAUUGUUUGGUCACCGUGGUCAGGAUCUGUGCUCUCCAGGGGCCUUAUUUAUCAACUGUGCGUACAUUUCUUACUAAAUUCUGGCAUACCUGGAGAUUGUAGGAUUUCUGGCAUACUUGGAGAUUGAUAAAUCCUACAAACUGUCCCAUGCAACACAUACGCAUGUUUUCAGUGAUAAAUCAGAACAAAAUUACAUUAUAUAUUUUUAACAAAAUGCCCUCAUUAGCUGUAUGAUUUGGAAAUGUUGGAACUGGGCCAUGUCCUUUUCUAAAAGAAAGCUGAAUAGCAAAUUUGAUUACAUUUUUGUAGAGGUGUGGGCAGAAUGUUUUAAUCUUUUGCAGAGUCUUUUGAAAAUAAAAAUGCAUUCUGCCUAUUGCGAGUACCAAACACUGGUCGUGCAUUCUGCAAGAUUGAUUGUCUAUUGAACAAUUUAAAAGUAAAUGUUGCCUACAGCCCACAUGAAUUGUUGUUCAAUAUCUUGUUUAUCAAUACAUUGUGUUUCUGAGAUUAAAUAGGCUAUGACAUCACACUCCUAUCGCACAGCAAUACUGUAGACUACCCAUACUGUCAUAGGUUACCAGCCUAUUUGCUUUUGAGCAUGGUUGGCUAUUGAAUGAGCAAUUAAUAAAUGGUAGCCAUUAUUAUAAUUCCUGUGCAUCAAACACCUCAAUUUCCCCCAAAAUAACAAUCUUUGCUUGCAAUACAGUUGAUCGACCAUUAGAAGUUAUACCUACGCAUGGUCUGAGAUUUACAUGGAGAUGCACUUCAAAUUCAAAAUUGAUAAAUACCAACCUUUGCGGGAAAACUGGCCCACACAAGGUGUAGUAAUUUUUCUGUGCGCACACACCUUUGAUAAAUAUGUAUGUUUUCCCCAACAUAUUGAAGAGGAAGGAACCAUUUCAAAAUGAAAGAUAAUGUUUGCAUAUUAUGUUCUGGGCAAGUACUGAGUUUGGGGGGAAAAAACAACUCAUAUUGUAACAUGUUUUAAAGGUAGACUCAGCGAUAUGACAUAGAUGCAGAAAGUGAACCGCAGUGGGUCAAUUUCCUCAACAACUAAGAGCGUUGACGCGUGAGGCUCAACUUCUCCACUGUUUUGGUCCCUCGGCUCCCACGCUUUGAACAGCGUGAAGCGAACCCGUGCACAUGGAGCAGAUACUGUAUGACUGCAUCUUGCUCAUCUCAAUAUCUGCUGCUCGUGGCAAGAUCAUUUCUCUGAGUCUACCUUUUUAAUUUACCAAACCAUAAGAUGAAUGUUGCAGAGAAUCCUAUUGUUUUGAUAGUGGUCAGAUAAAUGUACCAGGAAGAACUGUGAUGCCUGCUAUUAAAACACAACGUGUAUACAUACUAGUUCCAGACCUGGAUCCAAUACUUUCAAAUAUGAAAUAUGAGCUCGAUUUAGAUUGCCUGGUACAACAGAACCCAUGGAAUAGUACAAUUUUUAAAUGCAAACGCCAAGCUAAAUCAAGCCCACCUUAAUUACUUGCAAGUAUUUGACCCAGGUUUGGCUGGUAUAAUGGUACUUUAGGGUUCCUAUUACUAUUGGCAGAAGAGUGAAACAUCUUAAGAUUUUUUUUGUGUGUGUGUUAUAAAAAAUUGUGAGCCAAUUCUAAUAUUCUAUUCAAUGGUUCAUAACAUAAACUAAUCUCUCCUAUUGUAGACGUGAAUCUAGAUUAAUUACCAGGAUCCAUUUAAAGAUAUAAGUAUCCUUAUUCAGAUUCAACCUCAUCACAGAACACAGGGAGCUGGCUCUCUUAUACACUCACUCAGGCUAAUCAACAAUUUUAAUGAAGAUGACAAUUAACAAUGUGGUCAUAAUAUUGAGCACCAUUCCUAUAUAGUUUUCUCAAGACCUGAAAUUCCAUCCGGAACUUUUUAAUCAACUGAAAAGUCCAUCACUUGCAGAAGUUUCAGCACCGCUUAACAAUAUCUAUUGAGUGAUUGACUUUUAAUGCUGAUGAUCAACAUCAAAAUGUCAAUCUGUCGCGGCGAUCUGUCAAGUAUUUUUUUAUAAUGCUAAUGGGAUACUACUGCUUCCUUAUUUUUUGGGGGGUCAAAAGCCCUUUUUCAGUUUGACUUUGAAAUGACUGUCCAUUAAAGGUUUUUAAUGCUUUAAAUGUAUUUUUUACUGUAACAUGCAUUUGUUUAUAUAGUGCAUAGUUCUAAUUGAUAAAUGAAAUAAAGCUGUGGUGUAUGUAUAUUCAAGUUUAGAGUCUGGGUCUUAAGAACCCAGCUACUGUAUUAUGUGUUGAAGGACACAUUUUUGUGACUAUUUAUAUUUCCUACUGUCUGUGCAUUCAAACCUGACGCAUUUCAGGUGAUGCAAUUUUAGUAUUGUUUGUACCUUUGCAAAAAAAACAAUAAUAAAGAAAGUGAUUGAAAAGCACAAAUAUCCUAAUUUCUUUGAUGGUGUGUGCCAGGUUGA